CGGUCAGUAGAGGCUGGCGCCGCGGCCUGGGGCUGGGAUGCGAGGGGGUGCGGGCUCCCGGCGGCCGGGGUUCCCGUGAGUAGCGGUGACUGCAGCGCGGGCGGGCGAGGUCUGCGGACGCCGCCGGCGGCCGGCCGUGUCCGCCGCGGGAUGAGGAAGCGGACCGAUCCCGUCGCCUUGGAGCAUGAGCGCUGCGCCGCCUCGGGCUCGUCCUCCUCUGGCUCGGCCGCCGCGGCGCUGGACGCCGACUGCCGCCUGAAGCAGAACCUGCGCCUGGCGGGCAAGAGGCCGGCAGAGCCGCGCUGCGCCGCGGACGCGGGCAUGAAGCGGGCUCUGGGCAGGCGAAAGGGCCUAUGGUUCCGACUGAGGAAGAUACUUCUCUGUAUUCUGGGGUUGUAUGUUGCCAUUCCAUUUCUCAUCAAACUAUGUCCUGGGAUACAGGCCAAACUGAUUUUCUUGAAUUUUGUGAGGGUUCCUUAUUUCAUUGACUUGAAAAAACCGCAGGAUCAAGGUUUGAAUCACACGUGUAAUUACUACCUCGAGCCAGAGGAAGACGUGACCAUUGGAGUCUGGCACACUGUCCCUGCUGUCUGGUGGAAGGAUGCCCAGGGAAAGGACCAGAUGUGGUACGAGGAUGCCUUGGCUUCCAGUCACCCUAUCAUCCUGUACCUGCAUGGGAAUGCAGGCACAAGAGGAGGCGACCACCGGGUGGAACUUUACAAGGUGCUGAGUUCCCUUGGUUAUCACGUGGUCACCUUUGACUACAGAGGUUGGGGUGACUCGGUAGGAACGCCAUCGGAGCGAGGCAUGACAUAUGAUGCACUCCAUGUUUUUGACUGGAUCAAAGCAAGAAGUGGAGACAACCCUGUGUAUAUUUGGGGUCAUUCUCUAGGCACUGGAGUGGCGACAAAUCUGGUGCGGCGCCUCUGUGAGCGAGAGACACCUCCAGAUGCCCUUAUAUUGGAAUCUCCAUUCACUAAUAUACGUGAAGAAGCUAAGAGCCAUCCCUUCUCAGUGAUAUACCGAUACUUCCCUGGGUUUGACUGGUUUUUCCUCGACCCCAUUACAAGCAGUGGAAUUAAAUUUGCAAAUGAUGAAAAUGUGAAGCACAUCUCCUGCUCCCUGCUCAUCCUGCAUGCCGAGGACGACCCGGUCGUGCCCUUCCAGCUUGGCAGAAAGCUCUACAACAUCGCUGCUCCAUCCCGAAGCUUCCGAGACUUCAAAGUUCAGUUUAUCCCCUUCCACUCAGACCUUGGCUACAGGCACAAGUAUAUCUACAAGAGCCCUGAGCUUCCACGGAUACUGAGGGAGUUCCUGGGAAAGUCAGAACCUGGGCGCCAACACUGAGUCUUGCUGCCUGAAGGAGCAUGAAGACCUCUACCCUCCUCCCCUUUGCUCCAGCCAACCUGGCACCCUGGGGCCUGGGGUGCCAGCGUCUUCAAUGCCCCCGGAGAGAGGACUUGGAUGCCAGCUGAGGCAGGCAGAGGAGACCCGGCAGACCUGAGGCACCUGUCUUAGGUGGCUGGGAGCAUGGAUCUUUGUGGAAAACACAGUUUGCAGGCAUGGGAUCCCCUCUCCCUCUUGUUGCCACUCAAUCCGAGCUCUCAUUGGGAAGACAGUGACAGAGUAGGCCAGCCGCCAGCUGGUCUAUCCCGCACUUGCUGAGCUGGGCAAGGGAGCCUGGGGUAGGAGGCUUGGGGUCUUGGGACCACACUGAGCUUUCCAGCAUCACUGGUAAGAUCGUGGGGAGAUGGGUUCUGUCCCUUCCCAGCCCACGCAGAAUAGACUCUAAUGGUCCCAUUGGCAACCCCCCCAACCCAGAGCACCCUGCUUGCCUACCUUGGCGGUCCCUGCAUCCCUGGGCAGGUCCCACUGCUCACAACGGGGGAGGUGAGGUGCCCAUGACCUGCACUUCCUCCACUUUCUGCCCACCUUUCUGCCUAACCUGGCCUUAGACUGAGCAUUUAUUUAAGAAUAAAAUCGUGGUGGUGGUCUA